ACGCCGUGCGAAAAGAAAGAGGGUGCUAGGAAGAGCGACGCCGUAGUCGAAGCAACCCGUCGAGCAGUGUCGUAUCGUAUAAGCAGUAUUUACGGAGCAAGCCACGAGCAAGGUUGCUCUCUUCAAAUAGCUUCGAUUUACUUGUGAAUUUCUCAUCCAUGAAAGAUAAAGGGAAAGUAAAAGAAAGAGAAAGAAAAAGAGAAAUCAACAGUCAGGAAACGAGAAGUUCUUAUCUAUCGAGCAUCAAAAUAUGCUGAUUCUGGCCAUCGAGAUCAGACCUCGACAAGAAGUCGUUGGUUAGCAGUUGGUGAAAAAAGUGAAAAAGAGAGAAAGAGAGAGAAAGCCAGAGACAGAAAGAAAGAAAAACAUUGAGAGCUGGCAUGGCCAUGCGCGAGAACGUGCGACCUCCAACAAGUCUUCGACUUCCCGGUACGUGACUCAGGAUCGUAGGAAUCGAGAAUCUCGGCGGAGGAUGAGCGCCAAGAUAUCGCUCAGCGGUCGCAAUGCGAGCGGCCAGUCAACUGUGAACCAUCGGAGUGGUAAACCAUCGACAGGACUGCUUCUCGCAAGACCUUCCGUCAAGAGGCCCUCGUCGACGAAGGUGAGUGGCAUCGAGGAAAGAGCCGUAAAACGAGCAGUCGUCACUAAAGUGGAGACAUCGCCUGCAGGCUCCAACAUUAGAGCGAAAACGACAACAACGUUGGUGGACCAGAACAAGAUGCCAGCCCUUACGCGUGCUUGUACUACUGCCACUUUACCAAGGUUUAAGAAAUUUCGUUUUGAAGUAUUGUCUUCGGGAAGGAGUCUCGAUCAGCAACAUCAUCGGCAACCUCAAAAACAACUUGAACUUCCUCUUGAUCGUCGGUAUCAGCAACGAGAACAGAAGAAACGAGAAAUAGAAGGUGGUGAAGAAGGAGAAGGAAAAGAGAGAAAAAAGUCAACAACAUCGAUGUCGACUUUGGUGUGCUGCGAGCCGGUCUCGGCCGGACGGCCGCGAGACAAUCUCAAACUCGUUUUGAAUCGUAGUUUGAGCGAGCCAGGUCCGCCGGCGACGUCCUCGUGCUUCCUCUCGUCGCCGACGUCGCCCGUAUCGCCUAGUCCCUCUACUACCAGCAGCGUCGACAGUUGCAUCACCGACGUUAGCGGAAUAACCGACAUUGCCAGUAGCAUUAGUAGCACCAGCAGCACCAGUAGCAGCGGUAUCAACUGCAAUAGCAUUAGCAGUGGUAGCAAUAGCAGUGGCACCGGUAGCAUUGAUAACGAAGCCAUAACGAGCGACGUACAUCGUCACUACCAUCAUCACCACUAUCAUCACCACCAUCAUCAUCAUUACCAUCAACAUCAACUUCAUCCGCUCUCAGCUUCGAAACGUUGCAAGCUGGAGACGGUUAGCCUUCCCGCAAGUCCUUGCUCCGAGAGCAACAGUCUCCAAAAACAAUUGGUUCUCCAAAGAACGCGUACGAUAACGCCGACCGAACUGGCUCAACGGAUCUUAGAACAUUCAACGACCAGUCCUGUGCUCCUCGAUUGUCGGCCAUUCAUUCUCUACAACGUGAAUCACAUCAGAGGCGCUAUCAACGUAAACUGUUCCGAUCGAUUUAAUAGACGACGUUUGCAAUUGGGCAAAGCUACUCUGGCUGACCUCGCCACUGCCAGAGAAGGCAAAGAAAUUCUCAGAAGAAAACAGUACAGAGAAGUCAUCGUUUACGACGAUUGCACCGCCGAGCUUGAAUACCUUCCCGUUCAACAUCCCUUAUUUUUGGUACUAGCUGCUCUUGUUGAAGACAAUCGAGAACCCGCCUUACUUCUCGGUGGACACAAAGAAUUCCACAGGCGGCAUCGAGAACUUUGCGAGGACACGCUGUUACCGUCCGAUGGUGGCAGUGGCAAUGGCAGUUCUUCCACAACCGUCAGUGGUUGUCCAAGUCCUGGUCCAGGUUGCUCGGUACUAAGUCUUUCGGGACCACCAACACCACAACCAGCAGACAUCGAUAGCCACCCAGCGUCUCGUGUUUUACCCUUUCUUUACCUUGGUAACGGCAGAGAUGCUGCUGAUCUUCAACUCCUUCGAGCCCUUGGCACUACUAGAGUAUUGAACGUUACCUCCCAACUACCAGGAUAUCACGAGGAAAGGGGCAUUACCUACAGACAGAUACCUGCAUCCGAUUCCGGUCAUCAAAAUCUCAAGCAGUACUUCGAAGAAGCCUUUGACUUUAUCGAGGAAGCACGAAAAGCCGGUAGCAGCGUAUUGGUUCAUUGCCAGGCUGGUGUAUCGCGUAGUGCGACGAUCGCCAUUGCGUACAUAAUGCGACAUAAAGGCUUAUCAAUGGUCGAAGCGUAUAAAUUGGUGAAAAAUGCACGGCCAAUCAUCAGUCCGAAUUUAAACUUUAUGGGGCAGCUUCUCGAAUUAGAACAAGGUCUAAGAGCGUCUGGUGGUGUCACUGGAACGCAACAAACCGAGGAACCCAAAAGUUGUCAUCAAUGUCGUUGGAGUCACCAACAAAAUAGUAGCGAGGAAGUGACUUCCGGUUGCAGCGUUUGAGAGACGCGUAAGCGUGCGUGCGUGCGCCUGAUACACACUCACACGUACACAUACACACAUACACAUAUGCGCAACACCUCGCGAAAAAAAACGAACGGACGCGCAAGCUCGUUGUUUUUGUUGUUAUAUAUUAUUAUACUACUAUAACUACUACUCUACUACUACUACUCUACUACUACUACUACUCUACUACUACUACUCUACUACUACUACUACUCUACUACUACUACUACUCUACUACUACUC